UAUACAUGUAUCUCAGCUUUUUGGCGAUUUUCAUAUCUAUAUGAGUCUUUGCCCAUUCAUGGGAGCAUAUUGCAAUAAUAGCCUACUUUACGAAGGUAGAUCGAACCAGGGAAGAGAAAUCUCCUCGAUUGAUGCGGAGGUUUUAGGUGGUUUUUCUUCUAGGCAAUGGGGCGGAGUCGAGACCCUUAGUCAUGAAAGGAAAAUGGCGACGCUCGUGUUGGAUAACGGCGCUUAUAAUGCCAAGAUUGGAUACAGUCACGCUCAUGUCAGUGUCAUUCCCAAUUGUCAGUUCAGAUCAAAGACUGCUCGUUUGAAAACAUUUACAGCUAACCAACUGGAUGAAAUUAAAGAUCCCUCUGGACUUUUUUAUAUUCUCCCUUUUCAGAAGGGAUACUUGGUUAAUUGGGAUGUUCAGAGACAAGUAUGGGAUUAUCUUUUUGGAAAAGAAAUGUAUCAGGUAGAUUUUGUUGAUACUAAUAUAAUCAUCACAGAACCUUAUUUCAACUUUAGCUCAAUUCAAGAGUCUAUGAAUGAAAUAUUAUUUGAAGAAUACCAAUUCCAAGCAGUUCUCAGAGUAAAUGCUGGAGCUCUUAGUGCCCAUAGAUACUUCCGAGAUAACCCAUCAGAAUUGUGUUGUAUUAUUGUGGACAGUGGAUAUUCUUUUACACACAUUGUGCCUUACUGCAGAAGUAAAAAGAAGAAAGAAGCAAUAAUAAGGAUUAAUGUUGGAGGAAAACUCUUAACCAAUCAUUUAAAGGAAAUAAUCUCUUACAGGCAGCUCCAUGUUAUGGAUGAAACUCAUGUGAUUAAUCAAGUGAAAGAAGAUGUAUGUUAUGUUUCACAAGACUUUUUCAAGGAUAUGGAGAUUGCCAAAUUGAAAGAAGAAAAUACAGUGAUGUUGGACUAUGUUUUACCAGACUUCAGCACAAUAAAAAAGGGAUUUUGUAAGCCAAGAGAAGAAAUGGUGUUAAGUGGAAAGUACAAAACUGGUGAACAAAUACUUCGUCUUACAAAUGAGCGAUUUGCAGUUCCAGAAAUACUCUUCCAUCCUUCAGAUAUUGGCAUUCAAGAAACGGGAAUUCCUGAAGCCAUUGUUUAUUCAAUUCAGAAUUUGCCAGAAGAAAUGCAGCCUCAUUUCUUCAAGAAUAUUGUUUUAACUGGUGGGAAUUCUCUGUUCCCCGGUUUCAGAGAUCGUGUUUAUUCUGAGGUUCGAUGCCUCACUCCAACAGAUUAUGAUGUUUCAGUUGUUCUACCAGAGAAUCCUAUUACUUAUUCCUGGGAAGGUGGAAAGUUGAUUUCUGAAAAUGAUGAUUUCGAAGAUAUGGUAGUAACCAGAGAAGACUAUGAAGAAAAUGGGCAUAGCAUAUGUGAAGAAAAAUUUGAUAUUUAAAUAGAUUACUUCCAUAUAAGUGUUGUAUUAUAUAGAUUGGCAAGAUGUCUUCAUGUGGUGUUGUGUCAUAGAAUAACUAAUAUUGAUGAACUGUCUAUAUAUAACUGUACUUAUUUGUGUACAUGAGUAUACAAACAUAUAGGUGUAUAUAUUGGUUAUUACUGAUCACUGAAUUCAUGGUAAAUAUAUGAAUUCUAAAGAAAAUAACUAGAAUAGCUCCUUAAAGGAAGUCAGUUAAUAUAUCAGAAUAUUUUGUGGCCGAGAUGACUUACAAAGUUUUAAAUGUAUAGUAUGUAUGAAACUUUAAUGUAUAUAUGAAACCUUAAUUUUGGAUUCUAGAAAGAUAAUUAUGUAUAACUCAAAAGCUAGUUCAUUUUUAAAAAUAUCUAAUCUUGGUCAAUUUAAUAAAUGGGUAAUUUUAUCCACAGGUCCUCUUUAUUAGUGGAAAGGCAACCACUACUAAACUGAAGACAAAGGUAACACACUGCAGUGUCAAAUCUCUUAAUAGAAAAAUAUUCCAAGGAAUUAAAAUUGGAAGGGGCCAUUCAAGUUAUUGAGUUUAGACCCAUUCUUAAUGUAGGGAUUUAAAUUAAAUUCUCUUAGACUGUCUAGCCUUCAUGUUAACAAAGGCAAAGGUUGGACAGCCAUUUGUGUGAGAAGAUAAGAGGACUCCUGGCCUGAGUACAAGUUAGAUUAGAAAACAUCCAAGGUAACUCUCAACUUUCCCAAAAAGGGGAGCCCACCAUGAUUUUACUUGUGGGAAGGUUUUCCUAACAUUCAGUUGAAAUCUUGUCUUCUUGUAAUUUAAAUCCAUAUCCUCUACUAUGGAGUUUAAUAGAAAAGUGCUAACAUACAGUAGUGCUUCAGCUUUCUCAAGAUUAUAAAAACCUAGCUCCAU